AUGGGAUCUCUCGACUCAACCUCACUCAUCACGGGCCUCGCCCACGUCAAUCUCACUGUUCCGGCCGGCACGCUCGACCAAGCCAACGAUUUCUACGGGACAACUAUGGGUCUCACGCCGCGUCCGGUCCCGCACUUGCAAAAGGGCACCUUGGCAUGGUUCGACAUUGGCUCCUCGGGACAGCAGGUACACGUUGCCUUUGGGGCACCCUCGGAUUUCGAGAAGCGCUCCUCGAGACAUCCGUGCUUCAAAUUGGCGUCUCCAGAGGCCCUUCUGCAGUUGAGACAGAGAAUCUGGGACCAUUUCAUGAGAGGAGGCGAGGCGGCCCCGACCGAGGCGGAUCAGCCUGGAGAGGUCAAUUCAGGAGCCCAAGGCGUGGAGUAUCCGCAACGAUUUUUCGCGAGAGACUACGCUGGCAACAGGCUGGAGUUCAGCCUGUAG